CCAUUCUCUCUCUCUCUCUCUCGCUGCGCUUCCAUUCUCUCUUCUCUCUUUGUGGAGACCACGAAAGCCCUCUCUUGUAUGGUGACCCACCUCAUAUGAGAAAAGUGAGCGGAUUCGAUCGUUGCGAGAUCGAUCCCACCUCUCAAGAUCGAUAGACUCUUGAUCAUUGAUCAUCACCUCUUGGAUCCGUCAUCUUUUGAUCUCUUCAUCUUUUUCUUUGUUUCCAAAUCAUCUCCGCCGCCGCCGCCCUGAUCCCCGGAUGACCGAUGGGGGCUCCGGAUAACAUUGUUCUAGGCUCUCAUGUCUGGGUUGAAGAUCCAUCAUUGGCUUGGAUUGAUGGUGAGGUUUUCCGGAUCAAUGAUCAGGAAGUCCAUGUCCGUGCUACCAAUGGGAAAACGGUGGUUGCAAAAUUAUCAAAGGUCUUUCCAAAAGACACAGAAGCUCCACCUGGUGGAGUGGAUGAUAUGACGAAAUUGUCCUACUUGCAUGAACCAGGAGUUUUACAAAAUCUGGCAACCAGAUAUGAGCUCAAUGAAAUCUAUACCUAUACAGGAAAUAUAUUGAUCGCAAUAAACCCGUUCCAAAGGCUGCCCCAUUUAUAUGACACCCAUAUGAUGGAACAAUAUAAAGGAGCAGGAUUUGGGGAGCUGAGCCCUCAUGUUUUUGCAGUUGCAGAUGUGGCAUACAGGGCAAUGAUCAAUGAAGGCAAGAGCAAUUCAAUUUUAGUAAGUGGUGAAAGUGGUGCUGGUAAGACUGAAACAACAAAGAUGCUCAUGAGAUAUCUUGCAUACUUGGGAGGACGGUCUGGAAUAGAGGGAAGAACGGUUGAGCAGCAGGUUCUUGAGUCUAAUCCAGUUCUUGAAGCAUUUGGGAACGCAAAAACUGUUCGUAACAACAACUCAAGUCGCUUUGGUAAGUUUGUUGAGAUUCAAUUUGACAAAAGUGGGAGGAUUUCUGGUGCUGCCAUACGAACCUAUCUGCUAGAAAGGUCCCGUGUCUGCCAAAUUAAUGAUCCUGAGAGAAACUACCAUUGUUUUUAUCUUCUUUGUGCGGCCCCUCCUGAGGAUAUUGAGAAGUAUAAAUUAGGGAAUCCUAAAUCCUUCCAUUAUCUUAAUCAGUCAAAUUGCUACGAAUUGGAUGAUGUUAAUGAUUCUCAUGAAUAUCUAGCAACCAGAAGGGCCAUGGAUAUAGUUGGCAUUAGUGAGCAGGAGCAGGAGGCAAUAUUCAGGGUUGUGGCUGCUAUUCUUCAUAUUGGGAAUAUUGACUUUGCAAAGGGGAAGGAGAUAGAUUCCUCGGUCAUUAAGGAUGAAAAGUCAAGAUUCCAUCUUAAUAUGACAGCUGAACUUUUGAAGUGUGAUGGUCAGGGUUUGGAAGAUGCACUGAUUAAACGUGUUAUGGUGACACCAGAAGAAGUUAUUACCAGGACACUUGAUCCUUCUUCUGCAAUUGUCAGCAGGGAUGGCCUUGCAAAGACAUUGUAUUCUCGCCUAUUUGAUUGGCUGGUAAAUAAGAUCAAUGUGUCGAUUGGACAGGACCCAAACUCGAAGUCGCUGAUUGGAGUACUUGAUAUAUAUGGCUUUGAAAGUUUCAAAUGUAAUAGCUUUGAACAAUUCUGCAUCAACUUCACAAAUGAAAAGCUUCAACAACAUUUCAACCAGCAUGUCUUCAAAAUGGAGCAAGAGGAGUAUACAAAGGAGGAGAUUGAUUGGAGCUAUAUUGAAUUUGUUGAUAACCAAGAUGUUCUAGACUUAAUUGAGAAGAAACCUGGUGGUAUAAUUUCUCUUCUUGAUGAAGCUUGCAUGUUUCCUAAGUCAACACAUGAGACAUUUGCUCAGAAGUUGUACACAACAUUUAAAAAUAAUAAGCGGUUUGCUAAGCCAAAGCUUUCACGCACAGAUUUUACCAUUUGUCAUUAUGCAGGAGAUGUGACUUAUCAAGCUGAUCAGUUUCUAGAUAAAAACAAAGACUACGUGGUCGCAGAACAUCAGGAUUUACUCAAUGCUUCCAAAUGCCCAUUUGUAUCAGGUUUAUUCCCACCGCUUCCAGAGGAGACAUCAAAGUCUUCAAAGUUUUCUUCAAUAGGGUCACGAUUUAAGCUUCAACUUCAAUCUUUGAUGGAUACAUUGAAUACCACUGAGCCUCAUUAUAUCAGAUGUGUAAAGCCAAACAAUGUUCUCAAACCCGCUAUAUUUGAGAACUCCAAUAUCAUCCAACAGCUCCGUUGUGGAGGUGUGCUUGAAGCGAUUAGAAUCAGCUGUGCUGGAUAUCCAACCAGGAGAACAUUCUAUGAGUUUCUACAUCGUUUUGGUGUUCUUGCCCCUGAAAUACUGGAAGGAAACUAUGAUGACAAGGUCGCCUGUCAGAAGAUUUUGGAUAAGAAGGGUCUGCUAGGUUACCAGAUUGGAAAGACCAAGGUAUUCCUGAGAGCUGGUCAGAUGGCUGAAUUAGAUGCAAGAAGAGCUGAGGUUCUGGGAAGAGCAGCCAGAACUAUCCAGAGACAAAUUAGGACCCAUAUCGCUCGCAAGGAAUUCAUCAAGAUGCGCAAAGCUGCUAUUCUUUUGCAGUCUCACUGGAGAGGAAGGUUGGCUCGUAAGUUGUAUGAGCACAUGAGACGUGAAGCAGCUGCUGUUAAAAUUCAGAAGAAUGAACGCCGGUAUUUUGCUAGAAAAUCUUAUACAACACUCAGAUCAUCUGCAAUUGCAUUGCAGACUGGCUUAAGAGCAAUGACAGCUCGUGAUGAAUUUAGAUUUAGAAAACGCACAAAAGCAGCAAUUAUAAUACAGGCAUACUGGCGUUGCCACAGAGAUUAUUCAUAUUAUAAGAAUCUACAGAAGGCGACCCUCACCUAUCAGUGUGCAUGGAGGCAGAGAAUUGCAAGGAGAGAACUCAGACAACUUAAAAUGGCUGCAAGAGAAACAGGUGCCCUUAAGGAGGCAAAAGACAAACUUGAGAAGCGUGUGGAAGAACUGACAUGGCGAUUGUCUCUGGAGAAACGACUAAGGACUGAUUUGGAGGAGGCGAAGGCACAAGAAAUUGCUAAGCUGCAGGAGACAUUGCAUGAGCUGCAACUGCAAGUAGAGGAAGCAAACUCUUUGCUUAUUAAAGAACGGGAGGCUGCUCGGAAAGCUAUUGAAGAUGCACCUCCAGUAAUCAAGGAAACCCCUGUCUUAGUUCAAGAUACAGAGAAAAUUGAUUCAUUAACUGCUGAAGUUGAACAGUUAAAGACUUCGCUGAUAUCUGAACGGGAGGCAACUGAAGAGGCCAAGAAAGUUUAUGCUGAGGCUCAGGGUAAAAAUAGUGAACUAGUGAAGAAACUCGAGGAUGCUGAGACAAGGGCUGAUCAGCUUCAAGAUAGCGCUCAGAGGCUUGAAGAGAAAAUAUCCAACUUGGAAUCAGAGAAUCAAGUCCUUCGUCAGCAGGCACUUGCCAUUUCACCAACUGCCAGAGCUCUGUCUGCGCGUCCAAAAUCGACUAUAAUCCAGAGGACUCCAGAUAACGGGAAUGUUGCAAGCAAUGAAACGAAACUUGCGUUGGAUUUGAGUCCUGCUUUACCAAAUCCAAAGGAACUUGAAAGUGAAGAGAAACCACAAAAGUCACUCAAUGAGAAGCAACAGGAGAAUCAGGACUUGCUGAUUAAAUGCAUUUCACAAGAUCUGGGAUUUUCUGGAGGAAGGCCUAUUGCUGCUUGUCUCAUAUACAAAUCUCUUCUCCACUGGAGAUCAUUUGAAGUUGAAAGGACUAGCGUUUUUGACCGCAUAAUUCAGACGAUAGGCUCAGCCAUAGAGACCCAGGAUAACAAUGAUGCAUUGUCAUACUGGCUUUCCAAUUCAGCUACAUUACUAUUGCUCCUACAAAGGACUUUGAAAGCAAGUGGUGCAGCUAGUUUGACUCCACAAAGGCGGAGAACAUCAUCAGCUUCUCUAUUUGGGAGGAUGUCUCAAGGAAUGAGAGCUUCUCCUCAGAGUGCUGGACUUCCAUUUCUUAAUGGUCGGAUGAUUAGUGGGUUUAGUGACUUGCGCCAAGUUGAAGCUAAAUAUCCAGCUUUGCUCUUUAAGCAGCAGCUUACAGCGUUUCUUGAGAAGAUCUAUGGGAUGAUAAGAGAUAAUCUGAAGAAAGAGAUAUCCCCAUUGCUUGGACUGUGUAUCCAGGCACCUCGGACAUCCCGUGCAAGUUUAGUAAAAGGAUCACGCUCUCAAGCAAAUGCCAUGGCCCAGCAAGCUCUGAUUGCACAUUGGCAGAGCAUUGUGAAAAGCUUAACAAAUUAUUUGAAAACAAUGAGAGCUAACUUUGUUCCCCCAUUCUUAGUUCGGAAGGUGUUCACUCAGAUAUUUUCAUUUAUAAAUGUUCAACUAUUCAACAGUCUUCUCUUGCGUCGCGAGUGCUGUUCAUUCAGUAAUGGUGAAUAUGUGAAAGCAGGAUUAGCUGAAUUAGAAAGGUGGUGCUAUGAUGCAACAGAAGAGUACGCAGGUUCAGCAUGGGAGGAAUUGAAGCAUAUCAGACAGGCUGUAGGAUUUUUGGUGAUACAUCAAAAACCCAAGAAGACGCUGAAAGAAAUAACAAAUGACUUGUGCCCGGUGCUAAGCAUACAGCAAUUGUAUAGAAUCAGCACCAUGUACUGGGAUGACAAAUACGGAACUCAUAGUGUAUCAUCUGAUGUCAUUGCAAGUAUGAGGGUUAUGAUGACCGAGGACUCCAACAAUGCAGUGAGCAGUUCCUUUCUGUUGGAUGAUGAUUCAAGCAUACCAUUCUCAGUGGAUGACAUCUCAAAAUCACUGACACAAAUAGAGAUCUCCGAUAUCGAUCCACCACCAUUGCUUCGCGAGAAUUCAGGGUUUGUUUUCUUGCUACAGAGGACCGAAUGAUAGUUUUCAAUGUCAUGCCGUCCUCAACCAUCCAAACUUAUUCUAUUGUUUUUCUCCCUUUGUCUUUCCCUUCCCACAACCUGUGCAUAUAUCUAUUCCAUCACCCAUAGCUUUCAUGUAAGUAGUAAGUACUACAUCAUUCUAUUCCUACCAACUCAGCUGGUCAGCAUAGCCUUGCAUCUUAGGUUUAUUUGGUUUUAGCAUAUCUUGGAUUUGAUUUGAUUGAUUUUUUUCUUUAUUUACUUAUUUUAAUAUUUUUUUUCUUGCACGCUUGAGUUAUUUGGGGGGCCACGGAGGCCCCCUCAGUGACUCUGAGCUGCUAUUAUAUUAAACCCAGGGUCUGGUUUCAGUCCAAAGGGUCCUAGAGCUAGCAAUACGUUGGCUUGUCAUCAGUGUAUUUGCUUCCAAUGUAAUUUACAAUAGAAGCAAUAGCGGUCAUAUUUGUAAGUUCUUCUAUAUUCAUAUGUAAUAUAAUAUUAUUCUUUUUGCUUGCUGGGACUUUAAAA